UGUAUUAACUGCAAAUUUGCUGUUUCUCCUUCUUCAAAACGCCAGCGUAUUAGACGUGUUACACACUUGUCAACGUAUCCUUUUCUAUGGAAAUCCAGCCGUCCACGUCACCCAAGCAUGAUCUUAACCGUUCAUUCCCACAAUCCCACAAUUUUCUUCUGCAUUCCUAGAGAGAGAGAGAGAGAGAGAGAGAGAGAGAUGCUCCUGCUUCCCCAAAUCCCUUUCUUCAAUCUUCCAGAUUUGUUACAGAGUGUCUCCGUCGUUUUGUUCAAUUUUUCUCCAAAGAAAAACCAGACCACAAGGAGAAGGAAAAACACAGAGGAAGCUCGAUGAUUAUGGCGGCGGCGGCUGUGAGACGAGGAGGUUCAGAAGCCUUUUUUAUCAGGUCCCAAAUUCAGCGAUGCCAAAUGAAAAUAAUGGGUAUGACUCUUCUUUCUCCAACCACUUCAUCACCGUUGUCUAGCAACCACUCCAACUUCAUUUCUUCUUCUAGCAGUAGCAGUAGCAGUAGAGAUAAACACAAAAAUGAUGAUGCUUCUUCUUCUUUUAGAUACAUUAAUGAUGCCCUUGCUUUUUUUAGCAGUAGCAGUAGCAUUAGCAGUAGAGAUAAAAACAAAAAUGAUGCAUCUUCUUUUAGAAACAUUGAUGAUGCCCUUGCUUAUUUCAAUCACAUGCUUCAUAGGAAACCCCGGCCUUGUAUUAUCCAAUUCAAUAAAUUAUUGUCUACAAUUGUCAAAAUGAGACGCUAUCACGAUGCUGUGAUUUCUCUUUCCAAACAAAUGGAAUUAGCUGGGCUCUCUCCUGAUACUUAUACCCUUCACAUGCUGAUUAAUUGCUUCUUCCAGUUGCAACGUGUUGAUCUUGGGUUCUCUGUCUUGGCCAAAAUCAUUAAACUUGGUCUUCAACUCACUAUAGUCACAUUUAACACCUUAAUCAAUGGGCUCUGUAAAGUGGGUAAAUUUGGCCAAGCCGUGGAAUUAUUUGACGACAUGGUGGCAAGAGGGUGUCAACCUGAUGUCCACACAUAUACUACAAUUAUCAAUGGUUUAUGUAAGAUUGGGGAAACUGCUGCGGCUGCUGGAUUGUUUAAGAAAAUGGGAGAGGCAGGCUGCCAGCCUGAUGUGGUGACAUACUCUACGAUCAUCGACAGUCUUUGCAAAGAUAGGCGGGUGAAUGAGGCUUUAUAUAUCUUCUCUUAUAUGAAGGCUAAAGGCAUUUCCCCUAAUAUUUUCACUUACAACUCUUUGAUCCAGGGCUUAUGCAAUUUCAGCCGAUGGAGGGAGGCUUCGGCAAUGUUAAAUGAAAUGAUGAGUUUGAAUAUCAUGCCAAAUAUUGUCACCUUCAGCCUGUUGAUUAAUAUAUUUUGUAAAGAAGGCAAUGUUUUUGAGGCUCAAGGUGUGCUAAAAACAAUGACUGAAAUGGGUGUGGAGCCUAACGUUGUUACUUACAGUUCGUUGAUGAAUGGAUAUUCCUUGCAGGCGGAAGUUGUUGAAGCUAGAAAGCUUUUUGAUGUCAUGAUAACCAAGGGUUGUAAACCUGAUGUUUUUAGUUAUAACAUCUUAAUUAACGGAUAUUGCAAGACCAAAAGGAUAGGUGAAGCCAAGCAGCUUUUUAAUGAAAUGAUUCAUCAAGGCUUAACUCCAGACAUUGUUAGUUACAACACUCUUAUUGAUGGCUUGUGCCAAUUAGGCAGACUUACGGAAGCGCAUGAUCUGUUCAAGAAUAUGCUCACUAAUGGCAACCUCCCAGAUUUAUGUACUUACUCAAUAUUGCUUGAUGGCUUUUGCAAACAAGGGUACCUUGCUAAGGCAUUUAGACUAUUUCGAGCAAUGCAAAGUACUUACUUGAAGCCUAAUAUGGUGAUGUAUAACAUCCUGAUUGAUGCCAUGUGCAAAUCCGGGAAUCUUAAAGAAGCAAGGAAACUAUUUUCAGAACUCUUUGUCCAAGGGUUGCAGCCUAAUGUUCAGAUAUACACUACAAUAAUAAAUGGACUUUGUAAAGAAGGAUUGUUAGAUGAAGCAUUGGAAGCUUUUCGAAAUAUGGAAGAGGAUGGCUGCCCUCCAAAUGAAUUUUCUUAUAAUGUUAUCAUCCGGGGAUUUCUCCAUCACAAGGAUGAAUCAAGGGCAGUGCAACUUAUUGGUGAAAUGAGAGAGAAAGGUUUUGUUGCAGAUGCGGGAACCACAGCGUGAUAUUAGAUAACAGUAUUGUUCUGAAGAAGUAUCUAGGCUUACGUGAAGUUUGUCAAGGUGAAAAGGUGAUGUAAAUUUUUAUUUCUCCAUGCUGCAAAUUCAUGUGGCAAAUAUUAAGUAGUUUUUGCAUAACGUGGAAGUUAUUUUUAGUUCAAUCUUGCCAACAUCUGAACAAUGACACCCGUUACUUGCCACCAAAUCAUUGGAAUUGCUUGCCUUACAUUGAAUCAGAUUUCUAUAUUAUGUUUUCAUUAGCCAGCAAAAUGCACCUACCAGAUGUUUCCUAAAAAGAUCAUUUCCUUUCAAUCUUGUGUUGUUGAGCUUCAUUGAUCUUUUGAGCAUGUGAAGAUCUAUAAUGUCCUCUUGGGCAUUUGUUUUGAUGAGUCUCUGUACAAGUUUGUGUAUGUGUGGAUUAUCAAUUAUGGGGAUUUUCAGAUACUAAGGAAAGGAAAUUCCAGUAGCUGAGUUUUUUUUUAAAGAGGAAAAAAUUAUGAAUUAAUUAUAGAGUUGGAUGUACAAACUUCUGUGGACAGUACUUGAGGAUAGCAUGCAAUUCAGGAACUGUUAUGCUGAUAUCUACUUUACAAGAAAGCUUUUGAGCUAGGAUAAGAGAGGUCUAUGCUGUUAUGCUGUAAUUUUUAAGAAAAGUCUGAAAAAAAUGUAAUGCAUAUUUCAUAUGCUUUUAUGCUGAUUUAUAGAGCAAGGUUUGCUAGAAUUUAUCAUAAAUCCUUGACAUAUUGGAAUUUGAAUAUCAACGCAUGGUCAUCCUUCCAUGUCAAUUAUUGGUGCUUUCGGAGGUUCUUUUAAGUAGCGUUUGGUUACUCUCAAGAUAAAAGAGACGGAGACACUGGAGAUUGAGGGGACACUCUUGAUUUGAAAGGCAGAAAACUCACCCCAAAACUGUCCCAUAUACGAAUUUAUUUUAUGUCUCUAUCUCCGCCCCUUUAACCAAACACUUUCUUGUCCCUUCUGCAAAUGUCCCUUCUGUCCGGUUGUCUUGGGACACUAAAUGGCUUGGUUGAUGUAUUUGUUGCUUUUAUAUUGUCAUGUUUCCUAAAAUUCAAAGCUGGUUUCAACGGAAAUCCUAGUCAUUGAAUUUGGAAGUGAACAGCCCAACUUAUGAAACAAGUGUGACCUCAUAGUUAGUGAAAAGAACAAUGCUAUAAUAGGAAAAGUUUAAGUGUGAAUUCAUCUUUUAAAUUUUUGGUGUGAGGAUAAGUUUGGGUUAGUUUGGAAGUUGUGACUCAAUAUAGUUUGGUUGAUGAUAAGAACUCUGGUUCAGUAUUAGAUUAAAUACUUUGACUACAUUAGCUGAUAUAUGUGCGAAGCUGAGGAAUUGGAAACCCUCUAUCUCAUCAUUGUACCAUGGUCUGAGCUUUAUGUGAAUUGGAUGGAAGUUACCCAGCAUGCUUUUCUGAAGUUGAUGAGGAAUAUGUUUACAUAGUAGUGAUACAUAAGGACCAGAUUUCAGAUAGGCUUAAUGGAAAGUAAGCUGCUUCGUUCUUAUUACAAGUUCUGUUGGUUGAGAAGUUCAUCAUUGUGUUAGUCGCCUGUGCAGAAUGCAGAUUCCAUCACCCUUUGCAUGAGUUGCAGACUAAUUCUGGGUCCUUAUUAUAUGCAGUGCAUCUCUUAAGAGUUACGCUCAUGAUGAUACAUCAGUGGGAUCUUGGAUGAUGGGUGUCCAAGCAACCUAUAUAGACGACAGCUAUCUUUGCUGCAGUAGCAUUAAACAAGACAAGGUUUGUUCCCUGGCUUGAUCAGAGAGAUAGGCUUCCAUUUCAUAUAUACAGAUUUAAGGUUUGUUUAAUGGCACAUUGAGUGAGAUAUGACACCGUAUCUUGCAUUUCAUACCCGUAUUCAUCAAGACCCAUGGAGCAUUCGUUGGAUAAUUCUUUUUAGGUGCCGAGAUUAGCCACAUUCUUUUAGGAUUAACACAGGCAAAGUGCAUAUUUCAGUAUUGGCUUUGCGGUUUGUGAACUCAUCAUUUAUUUCCUCUUAUAGAUGAUUAUGCUGUAUCAUUCGAGUUUUCCAUCACUUCUAAAAAGAUCUCUUUGUAAUUAACGAGCAAAUGAUGGAGUUGAACAUCCUCAAUAAAAAUUAAUCUGGUUGUCUUGGUCCUCU